AUGCAGCCUAAGAUUCAGGCGAUCAUGCAGAUCAGGGGGCUCGCGAACGCAUCGGUGGACCUGUCCGACUGGGCUGAAUAUCUGGGCCAAUCAAGGCGGCUGCGCAACAAGAAUGUACCUUUAUUUUUCUUUCUUUCGUUCGCGUUUUUUGUGCCUGAGCUUGCGCUGGGAGAGCUUGCCGUCUUCUUGAAAUUAUUGCAACUUGCAGAUAUCAGGGGAUCCUCCCAUUUCGCUCCUCCCUCGGCCUUGAAUAUGCAAUUCCUCCACUGGGGCGCGCUUUCUACGGUUCUGGUAGGGCUCAUCUACCCAGGAUUCACGGUCGCCGUGGAUGCCAAUUCACGGGCCCAGAUAGCUCUAAAUGCCCUCCAGAACUGGUAUAACGCUACGAGUGGACUCUGGGAUACCUGCGGGUGGUGGAAUGGCGCGAAUUGUUUGACCGUUGUUGCGGACCUGGCUGCCAUUGACCCAUCUGUGUUAGAUACUGCAACUUAUGUUUUUGGCAACACGUUACAAAACGCGCCAGCGUACAAUCCUCAGCCUGGCCCCGAAGUUCAAGUACAGUCACGAUACGAAGGAGAUGCUGCAAAUGCUUCGGAGUGGAUGGACUCAGCUUAUGAUGACGAUGCAUGGUGGGCGCUGGCUUGGAUUGCGGCCUACGAUGUUACCACCGAUGACACGUAUCUAAGCCUUGCACAAGACAUCUUCUCAAACUUAACGAAGGCCUGGGGCACGCGAUGUGGAGGUGGUGGCCUCCAAUGGAGUACGACGAGCUCCUACAUCAACGCAAUUACGAACGAGCUGUUCCUCUCGGUUGCCGCACAUCUUGCUAACCGUGCUUCUGAUUCUGAGAGAGAGACCUAUGUUGGAUGGGCACAGAAGCAGUGGGAUUGGUUUGCGGCGCAAGAUUUCAUUGGUUCGAAUUAUACCAUCAACGAUGGCCUACUAGAGAAUUGCCAAAACAACGGCCAGACAGUGUGGUCAUAUAAUCAAGGCGUUAUACUGGGUGGACUGGUCGAGCUCAACAGAGCAGCUCCCAACGACACAUACUUGGAAUCGGCCAACAAAAUUGCACAAGGGGCAAUAAACACACUCUGCGACGCGAAUAUGGUAAUUCAUGAUGUUUGCGAGCCAAACUGUGCCCCAGAUGCAACGCAAUUCAAGGGAAUCUUCAUACGCAAUCUACAGAUGCUACAACAGGAUUCCCCGAAUGAUAUUUACAAGAAUGUGAUCGAGGCAUGUGCAAACAGUAUUUGGGAAAAUGAUCGGAACGACCAGAAUCAGUUAGGUGUCAAUUGGGCGGGUCCAUUUAGUUCUGCAGAUGCUUCAACGCACAGUUCAGCGUUGGACGCGCUAGUCGCUGCGAUUGCUGUCUGA